AGGUAUAGAAGAUGAAGGUUUCAAAAAUUUUGUUAAACUUUUAAAUCCAGCUUAUAAAAUACCUGAUCGUCACACGAUAUCCAAAGUUCACAUCCCUGCGCUAUACCAAAAAAGUUUAAAUGAGACAAAAGAGCUCUUAACCAAUGAAUCGUUGAGUGGCUGUUUAACGACAGAUUGUUGGACAUCUCGAAACAAUAUAGCAUUCAUAUCCAUAACAUAUCAUUUUAUUGACACACAAUUUGUUUUAAGAUCUGUAUUGUUGGGAUGCUAUGAGUUUUCUGAAAGCCAUUCAGGUCUUAAUUUAUGUAACACGAUUCAAGAAACUUUAGAUAAAUGGAACAUAGAUAAAAAAAAAAUAAUUUUAGCCGUCUCAGAUAAUGCUAAUAAUAUCAAAUCUGCUUUGAAUUCAUUAAAAGUUAAGAGUUUGAGGUGUUUUGCUCAUACACUUAACUUAAUUGUUCAAGAUGCAUUAAAGUUACAGUUGUGUUUAAUUGACAAAAUAAAAUGUAUUGUCACUCACUUCCGAAAAAGUAGUAGAGCUAACCACAAACUCAAUAUGUAUCAAACAAGCAAUGGAUCUAAAGCACCCAAAAAAUUGAUGCAAGAUAUAAGUACACGGUGGAACUCUACUUAUUAUAUGUUAGAUCGUUUUGUUGAGUUGGAAGAUGCUAUUAGAGGUACUCUAGGGUUAUUAGAUAACCCUCCUCAAACACUCUCAGCAGAUGAAUGGAAAAUUACCAAAGAGCUUAUUCAAGUGCUACGUCCUUUUGAGGAAGCUACAAAGGCGGUAAGUGGUAGUAAGUAUAUGACCGCAUCUAUAAUUUUAGUAAUUUCUCAAGGUCUCAAAAAUGUUUGUGAGCAGAUGGCUAGGAAAAACUUUACUGUAGAGGUUAUAAAUGUUCUACAGCAGUUACUAAGUGGCAUGAAUCAUAGAGAUAGAUGGGGAGUAAUAGAAAAUAGUAAGACAUUGGUUAGGUGUACAUUCCUGGAUCCUCGAUUUAAAUCAAUAACAUUAUCAGAUUCUAUGCAACAGUCGGUGAAAAAUGAUGUUAUUGAGUUAACUGCUGAAAUUAUUUCUAAAGAUCGAUCGUCUAAUGCUCCACUUCAAGAAGACUCCAAUUCCAUACCUGAACCAGUUGAUAGAGAUGAAAAUGUUGUGUCUAUCUGGAAAACAAUAGAUACAAAAGUGGCACAACUUCAACCUACGGGUACAGUUACAUCUAGAGCGAUAAUUGAGGUGCAGCGAUAUUUAGAGGACUCAAUUAUCAAUAGAAAUUGUGAUCCUCUUAAGUGGUGGUUUGAUAAUAAACAUAAUUAUCCUUACCUCAAUCAGUUGGCCAGAAAAAUGUUAUGUGCUCUUGGAACAUCAGUGCCAUGUGAAAGGGUGUUUUCCAAAGCUGGGCUACUGUUGAGUGAUCGUCGCUGUAACUUGAGCAGCAAAAAAGCAGAAAUGUUACUUUUCUUGAACCAAAAUACAUAA